CUCCUCCUCCUCCUCCUCCUCCUCCUCCUCCUCCUCCUCCUCCUCCAGACAUGGAAAUAGAGCAAAGCCCACCAGUGAUAGCCAAGAAACUGUUGAGCAUAGUGAAGAUAGUGUUCUAUAUGCUCAGAAAAGGCAUAUCAAAAAGCAAAAUGCUUACUGAUCUUCACAUGAUGCUGAAACGAAGCAAGAUCUUCGGCAAAGCCAUCGGAAACCUCAUGGUCAACUACGACUACUCGGCGUUGACCUGCCGAUCAACCGACUCCGGCAUGUCCUUUAUAUCUCCUCGUCUCCGAGAAUACGAGUUCAGCUGUAGCAAUAGCCCAGCUUUUCCCUCCUUCUACCCAAAACGCAAACACCAUUUUCGCCAAAAUGUGGAGGACAUAAAUGUUGUCCACAAGGUGUUUGAUAUAUUGAAUAACUAUGAGAUGGUCGAGGCCUCGCCGUUGACGUUGCCGGGGUUCGGGCCGAGCCCCGCCGUGAGGCAGCUGAGAAUAACGGACUCGCCGUUCCCGUUGAAGGACACAGAGGGUGAUAAUACUCAGGUGGACAUGGCAGCUGAAGAGUUUAUUAAGAAGUUUUACAAGGUUUUGAGGCAAGAAAAGAAGAUGGCUGCCCUAUCAUCUCCAUCGCCAUACCACAAAUGGGGUCGAUGAGCUUGUGAUCAAUGAAGUUUCUGGUGAUUUUUAGGAUCAAAUUUCAAGUUUCUGAACAAGAGUUUCAUGAUUUGCAGCAUAUGAACAAGAGGGUUCCACAGUUUUUCACCAAUUAAACUGAUAAACAGCCCUGCAAAAUCGAAUCAUGCAAAGUCGCGUGACUCUUGAUUCAUGCCAGUACUUAAUCUUUAAUAUAUCCGCGACUUUGUUUUACAGUUCUAGUCCUUUAUCAGUUUACUUGGUGUGGAAGUGUGCUUGGCUUCAAUCACGAACUCUUUCCGACAAUAAUUCUGACUCCGGGACCUGGUGGUUUGCUUUAUUUAUUUAUUUUUUCCUUUUCUUUACAUUUUUUCUGGUUGUCUAGGUGCCAAUGUUGGAAAUAAAUAAUAGUUUUGUGAAUUUUAAUACUCCUCUUUCAAUUAAAUUUAUAUCUACCGAGACCGUUGCAUAGUAAAGAGAAUUAAAAAAUCGAUAUU